CAUUUGAGCACAUUUGCCUCUCGUAGGGCGCAGUCCGACAUGAAAACGCGGCCGCCUUCAACAUCCUAACCCUUUACGUCCCACCCACAGCUCAGGGAUGCUGACCCUCCCCGCGGAACCCCACCCUCAGACUGGUUUGAUGGACUCGCUCCCGGCAGUGACGAGCAGCUUUGUGAGCUAUGGCGUCUCUGGCAGCAGGAGGAGUCCGAGGAAGAACCAUGUCAUGGACCGAAGAGUGGCGCUAAAACCGUAUGGAAAACCCAUCUCCCCGACGAGGAAACCCAGAUUCUCCCCCUCCAUGGUGCAGAUGGAUCCCAGUGUCCCGUCCAGAUUCGAGACCUCAGGAGAAGAGGCCUCACAUCAGGAGCAGUUGAACUUCAGUGUUGCCACAGAAACCGUCCAAGAAAAACUUCAGCGUCCUCCGAUCUCUCCUCGUGUUUCGUCCCUGAAUCACACCGUCCCCUCCUGCGGUAUGACCUCUGACCCCCUAGAGACGCGCUCGCUGUUGGCCCCUGACUCCGCCCCCAAAGGCUGGGUCAUCGGGCCGCUCUUCCAGUCCUUCAGAUCCAAGAUGGCCUCCUUCACCGAGAUCGUCAUGAGCCCCGUGAAACUGUUCAAAUCCAACAGCACCGAGAGCGACGUUUCGGCGAGUGAACCAACCGCCAUCGAAAACACAGACGAGAGCCUGUACUCGUCUGCAGAGGGACCGGAUCGGAUCUGCGGAAUGGAGGAACCAGCUAACAGCCAGCCAGUUAUCAGACUUCCAGAAGUCGGAGGCAGAAGAGAAGAUGGAUAUUUUGAAAGUCAAGGUCGACGAUGUCGUGCCUUGGCAAACUCCUAA